UCAAAACAUUGAGAUGUUUUCAGAAGUGAGGGAGGCAAAUGGAAACACUAUCAUAUUUAAUAUAAUUUAGGAUGCAUGUAUUCAAAAUAAUGCUUUAUAAUUUUAUUUAAAACUUAAAGUACUAUGUCGUAGUAAUGAUUUUGAUUAUAUUUAAAUAAAAUAAAUUUGCUCGAAGUACCAUGACCCUAGGCAAAUCUUUUCGUGUUUAUCAUUGCACAAGCAAUGAAAAUAAUUCGUAUAGCGUCCUUUUAGAACAACGAAAUAAAAAUGAAGCCUUGUUAUUUGAAGCCGGAUAUAUCAAACGUCUCAAUUUGGCAGCUACUGAAGCAUGCAAGAAAAUUUUUACUAGACUUCCAGAUGCUUAUGGGUGUUUAGGAAUUCUGCAACUGACUCAGGGUGAAGCAUUUGUUCAGUAUUUAUUAUUAGUGAACAGCUGUUUAUCUGCUGGAAAAGUUUUAAACAGUGAAAUAUUCAGGAUAACUGAAACAAAUUUUAUUUCUCUGCGCAACAAUCCACAAGAUAUUGAGAGGAUUCAAGAGGUUCGUAAAGUGCUAAAUUCUGGUACUUUCUACUUUUCAUGGUCAUCUAGUGGUGUGCCAUUAGACUUGACAUUAUGUGAACAGCGAUCUCAGUUUGGUGCCGAGUCAGACAACCGAUUUUUUUGGAAUAAAACCAUGCAUAUCAGCUUUAUUAGAAACGAUAUUGAUUGCCAGGAUUGGUUACUUAAAGUAAUUUGCGGUGGAAUUGAGAUUCGCACAAUAUAUGUUGGUCAUUUGCAAGCUCGUGGUUGUAUAAUUUCAAGACUAAGCUCAGAACGAGCUGGUACUCGAUUUAAUGUUAGAGGUACGAAUGAUGAAGGUUGUGUUGCAAAUUUUGUGGAGACAGAACAAGUUAUUUACUUAGAAAAUAAAGUUUGUUCCUAUGUACAAAUACGAGGAUCAGUUCCUCUCUUCUGGGAACAACCUGGACUACAAGUUGGUUCUCAUAAAGUGAAAUUAUCCAGAGGACCAGAAGCAUCAGCACCUUCUUAUGAUAGACACUUGACUCAAAUUGUGAAACGCUAUGGGGAUCAAGUUUUAAUUAAUCUGCUGGGAAGUAAAGAAGGAGAAGCUAUGUUGAGCAAAAUGUUUCAGAAUCAUCACAAAGUGUCAAGAUAUAGCAAAAGCAUUCCAUAUAUAGCCUUUGAUUAUCAUGCACAGUGUCGUGGUGGUAAGCAAGAAAACAUAGAUAUUUUGAAAAGAAAAAUUGCUUCCAAUUUGGAAAAUUUUGGAUUCUUCUAUAAAGAUCCAGAUGGAGUACACAAAUGCCAAAAAGGAACAUUCCGUACCAAUUGUUUGGAUUGCUUAGAUAGAACAAACAAUGUUCAGACUUUCAUUGGAUUAGAAGUUUUGAAGCAGCAGUUGAAAGCCCUGGGUAUAUCUGAUCAACCUCAAAUCAUUUCAAGGUUUAAUGAAGUGUUUAAACAAAUGUGGAUACAAAAUGGUGAUCAAGUUAGCAAAAUGUAUGCUGGUACUGGUGCUCUGGAGGGCAAGUCAAAGUUAAAGGAUGGAUCUCGCUCUGUUGUGAGGACAAUACAGAAUAAUCUUCUGGAUAGUAGUAAACAGGAAGCUAUUGACAUCUUGUUGCUAGGAGAUGUUCUGUAUAAUGAAAUUGCUGAAAGAGCAAGAUGUGCUCUUCCUCCUAGUAUGUUAAGCCUUCCACCUGGAUUUUUAGAAACGUUUCUGAAACGCAAGUCAGAAUUCACUAAUACAUCAAAAAUUACGGUUGGUGUAGCUACAUGGAAUGUUAAUGGUGGAAAGCAUUUUAAUAGUAUAGUCUUUAAGCAUCAGUCCAUGACUGAAUGGCUAUUAGAUUGCCCAAAACUGUCAAAAAGCAAAGAUUUGAUUCAGACUGAAGAGGAAAACAGAGUAGUUGACAUUUAUGCUAUUGGAUUUGAAGAAAUAGUCGAUCUUAAUGCUAGUAAUAUUGUGUCUGCCAGCUCACAAAAUCAAAAAGAGUGGAUGGUGGAGCUUCAGAAAACUAUUUCUCGUGAUCAUAAAUAUAUUUAUAUUACUUCCACACAGUUAGUUGGUGUUUGUCUUUUUCUGUUUGCUUUGCCCAAGCAUGCACCUUAUAUUAGUGAUGUAGCUAUUGAUGCUGUAAAAACUGGUUUUGGUGGAGCAACUGGUAAUAAAGGAGCUGUAGCCAUUAGAAUGGCAUUAUAUAAUACUUCAAUGUGCUUUGUAUGUGCACACUUUGCUGCCGGACAAUCUCAAGUGUUAGAGCGCAAUGCAGAUUACCAGGAAAUAUCAAAGAGGCUUAGUUUCCCAUUGGGUCGCACUCUUGAUUCUCAUGAUUAUGUAUUCUGGUGUGGUGAUUUUAACUACAGAAUCGAUUUAACGAAUGACGAGGUUAAGAAAUUAGUGAAGGCAGAAAACUGGGCAGCUUUACUUGCUGCAGAUCAGUUACUGAAUUCACAACAGUCUGGUCAAGCAUUUAAGGAUUUUAUUGAAGCCCCAAUAAACUUUGCACCAACUUACAAGUAUGAUAUAUUUUCUGAUGAUUAUGAUACAAGUGAGAAAAAUAGAAUUCCCUCUUGGACUGAUAGAGUGCUCUUCAAACGAAAGAAAUAUCCUUAUGAUGAAUCGGAAUCACCUGGAAAAAUUGUAUUUUAUGGUAGAGCAGAAUUAAAAACCUCUGAUCACAGACCAGUUAUAGCCUAUAUUGAUGUUGAAGUUUUGCAUGUUGAUGGUCCUAAACGAUUGGAAGUUUUUCAAAAUCUUGUAGCAUCGGGUCCACCCGACGGUACGAUUGUUGUUCAAAUUCAAAGCGAGGACACUAAUUUAGAAGAAAAUUUGAGAAAUAGGAUAGUUAGUAAAUUAUGUAAAGGGAAAAUUGUUCAAACCAGAGUUGUCUAUGGGGACAUAUAUGUGACAUUUACAGAAGGAAAAACUGCCUUAGAAGCCUUGGAAUAUAACAAUUUGGAAGUUGAAGGGUGUGUCUUAAAAGUACAAUUGAAAAUGCCAGAUUGGAGUACUAAUAUUUGUAAAACUCUGAAACUUUGCCAAAACAAUACUACUCCUCUCACCUCAAGUUACUCUAAAUCAAAUUAUGCAGAUUCCCCCUUUAGUGAGUUAGGUUGUAGUGGUGAUGCAUCACCAACUCAUCAUGAUGCUGUUUCAGAAUUAAGUAAAGAAGUUCAAAAGUGCUUAGAGGACAAAACCUAUUGGCAUGGUGCUCUGGAAGGUUACGUCGAUUCUGAUAAUGACUCUGCUAAAUCCCAGCCAUCAUCAGGGCGAAGUUCUCCUAUUCAUGACAGCAGUGAAGCACAGAAAUAUGGCUCCGCUGCAAAAUUACCUCCCAGACCACCUCCUCCUGUUAAAUCAGCUCCCCCUCCAAAACGACCUCCACCUCCACAGAAAUUGUCACAACAAACAAAACCUGCUGAAGAGAAUUCAUCCAAAGUUCAGCAUCCCACAUCUGUUUGUGAAGAAAAGCCUGAAAAAUCGGUGGAAAUUAAAGAAACUUCUUGUGUUGAACAGAAUGCUAACUAUGUGUCACAUCCACCUCCAUCUACUCCACCACCUCCUCCUCCACCUAAUUUGGAUAAACAUACAUCUAGCCGGAGCAGUCCUGCAAAAUCUGAAGUUUCAAAACCUGUUGUUAAUGCAGCAGUUCCACCACCUAUACCUUCAAGACCUAGUCUUUCAACUGGAAAUAAGGCCCCUCCUCCUCUGCCAGCUCGUCCACAAUCAAAUUUGCCCCCAGUAUCACCCAGAAAAACAUUGCAGUAGUUAAAAUAGCUGUUGUUAUUUAUUCACUCAGUUAUAAUUUAUUAUUUAAGGACAUUCCUGUUUGCUGUUAUUUUUUAUAACAGUUUCUGAAACUUUAUUUUUGUUAUGAACUAUAAAUUAUAUUUAAUGAAAAGAAAAUUAUGAAAUGUUCUGAAUAUUUUUAUUAUUUAUUACAAACUAUGAUUAUUAAUAUUUUCAAAACUUUUUUGAAGAGUGUUACAUUUAUUAUUAGUUAUCUAAUAACUCUAAUUUUUAUUUGUGUGAAAUUAAUUUUUAAUUUUAUUUUUUUAAUUAUAUGUGUUCCUUUAAUUUUACUCUUAUUUGCUUUUCCUAACUGCUAUUGAAGUCUGGAUUUCUUCACCUCACCUUUUAUAUUUUUAUUAGACUUUUUUAUAACUCCUGUCCAUUAAUUAUUUCAAACGUUUUUGAUUUACAAACAGUUGGGCUUAUAGCCAAACCAUACUCACUGACACCUGCAGUCUUAUUCAUUAAGAAUUGAAGAUCAAAAAUGCAUAUAUAUGAUUUCAACUUUAGAAAGUUUUCAGAGAUUUUUAUUCUUCAUACGGCUCUUCUAAAUUUUAGUACGGAGUUUCUGCUCAUAGUUAAUACUUAGUGUUCAAAAGUAUAUUUUAAAUUAUUUAUAAUUAUAUUUUUUAAUUCAAAGGGAAAAAUACUUUUAUAUUUUAAAGUGCAGUUUUUAGAAAUAUAUUAUUAUAAUGAAAUUAAUAUAUUGAAAUAUAAAUUAAUUAUAUUGAAAAGCAAAAUAAGCUGCAACACUUGCCUUCAAUAUGUUAGAGUAUACUUUGAUCUCUCACUUUUUUUGUGUGUACCUUUUUGUUUUUUACUCCUGUUCUCUGUAUUGAUUUAUAAACAUGCCUUAGAAGACAAUAUUAAACUUGGUGUAACUGCAAUGGUACUUUGCUUUAAAUUAUUAUAAUACUUGUUCAUUAUUUUCUAUAAAAACGUUCUUUAAAAUAAACUGCAAAUUAAAGUCUUAGCCCGCUGUGGUAUAUGUAAAUUAAUAGACAUUCAAUUUUAGGAAAUAAAUUUAUUCAGUAUCAAAAUGUUUUGCAGGAUAAAUUUGCAGCUUUAAGAAAAUUGUUGUGUACAUAUCAAAUUUUCCUAGUCUACCUUAUUGUAUAUUAAUUUAUGUUUGUAAAUAUUAGAUUUGUUUGAUAAUUUUUUAUUUUAAUACUUUAAUAAGCUUAUCCUUUUUUUAUAUAUAUAAUACUUUAUAAAGCUUAUUUUUAGAGGUGUUUUUGAGUCAUAUUAAGUGAUAGGCGAUUUUUUUUUUGUUAGAUAUUAAUGUUAUGGCUGUAAUUUGAGCUUUGAUAUGAUUCCUACUUAAAAAUUCUUGUUCUUGUCUGGACAAAAUUGUGAACCACAUCUGACUUUUACUAAUUAAAUAGGGAAAAAAUAUUGUACACUAAAGAAUGAUGUUGUGAUAGAUUGGAUGUAAGAUUUAUAUACAUAUAUUUAUUUUGUAAUUACCAUCCUUUGUGUAGUAAAUUGAACCAAAGUUUUUUUUUAUUAGAAUGUACAAGAUGAGAGCAAAAUUCAUUCCAAAGUAUGUUAGAAGUGCUGUGUUAAAUUAAUUAUAGUAGCUAUGAGUAAAUGUUGAAAUAAAAUUAGAUUUGAAUGUUAUUGGAGUUUUCCACCUUUAUUGCAAUACAUUCCAUUUAUUUAUUUUUAUCUAUGCAAAAGCUUAUAUUGAUGUCUGUAGAAAUGAUGAAAAUUGUGCUAAUAUUAGUGAUUCCAAAUAUAUAUUGUUUUAAGAAAUGAGAUAUUAAGCUUUUUUCUUUUGUUUGUUUGUUUCUAGUAUUUCAAUAUAUUUUUAGAACAGUAAUGUUGUACUGCUCUUUAGGAUGGCAUGAAAUAUUAGACUUAGUAGAAUAAAAACAAUCUAUAUUUAUUUACUCACUGAUUUUGAACAUAUUGUUUCCAGUUAACUAUUUAAAACUUUCAAGUCUACCCUAAUUAGGAUGAUUAUCCAAUACAAAAAAAAAUGAGCAUAGUUUAUUUUCAAGUUAUUUAUUUUGAUUUCAUGUAGAAAUUAUGGUUAAAAAAGUCAGAAAAUUUAUGUGGCAUUUAAGCCCAUUGUAUUAAGGAUAUUCUUUCUAUCCAACAUCUGAGGCCGAUUAUAAAUCUCAUCUGUUUCUAGUGUAUUAUUAUUUUAGCAGUGGAGUAAACGGAAAAGUUUUGUAAAAAAAAUUCUUAAUGGUUUUAUUCAUUGUCCAAUGACAAAUUAUAUUCACAGAAACUACUCUGUUUCUAUCCAUCAAUACAACUUCAUUGUAACAUUUCUACUUUUUGUGAACCUUUAUCAUAAUAUAGUUGGAAAUUGAGAAAUUACCUUUGAAAA